UAACAACGCGCAAAACACUCCCUGUACUCUCCCUCUCUUCUUUCCAAAACUUCAGUAGAAAAUGGCCAUCGAAUCCGCCCUAGCUGCGUUGUCCCUCCAAGCGUCUACAGGCACUGGUUUGCCUACCAAGACCCUUGUGUUUAAGCCAAAGACCGCCAAGACCGCCACUCCAGUGCCGGUCGUCGUUAUCGCCUUGGCUGAAACCGCCACCAACACCAAGCUCAUCGCCACCGCUGCCGGCGUCAAGGAGCCACGUCUCGCGAAUGAAGACUUGGUCCAGGAGUUUUUUGGUGUCACCGCCAAGCAAUUCUCUAUUGCCAACAUCGAUGCCUCCCUCAAGGACCAGAUCAAGGUUGUGGUUGAUGAAAACAUCUUAAAGGGCGAGUCAGAAAUCUUCACCUUUGCGUCUGAAUCUGGCGCGCUUUCCUUGGAAGGCAAGACUGUUGCCGCGUUCUUGGCAGCGACCGGUGUGGAGGUGAUCCCAGUUGAUUUCUCCGCGGCCCCAGUCGCUCCGGCGGCGAAGCCAGCGCCAAAGGCUGCAUCUGCGGCCUUGGAUGCCAAGCUCAUCGGUGUCACCGUGGACAAGUUCCUCGACUUCCCAGGUUGGUACUCGCAGAUCCUCACCAAGGGUGAGAUGCUCGACUACUACGAUGUUUCCGGGUGCUACAUCAUGAGACCUUCUUCCUACGCCGUCUGGGAACGUAUCCAGGAAUGGUUCAAUGUCCGCAUCAAGAAGAUGGGUGUUUCCAAUGUGUACUUCCCAAUGUUUGUGUCUUCCAAGGUCUUGGAGAGGGAGAAGGACCACAUCGAAGGCUUCGCGCCAGAGGUUGCGUGGGUCACCAGAGCUGGUAACUCCGAGUUGGACGAGCCAAUCGCCAUCAGACCAACGUCUGAGACCGUCAUGUACCCAUACUACUCCAAGUGGAUUCAGUCCCAUAGAGACUUGCCGUUGAAGUUGAACCAGUGGAACUCGGUCGUCAGAUGGGAGUUCAAGCACCCACAGCCAUUCUUGAGAACCAGAGAGUUCCUCUGGCAGGAGGGCCACACCGUGCAUAUGACCUUCGGGGAGGCCAACGCCGAAGUGAUGCAGAUCUUAGACCUCUAUGCCGGUAUUUACGAGGAGUUGUUGGCUGUUCCGGUUGUUAAGGGCAUCAAGACCGAGAAGGAAAAGUUUGCUGGUGGCUAUUUCACCACCACUGUUGAGGGUUACAUUCCAGCCACCGGCAGAGGGAUCCAGGGUGCCACCUCUCACUGUUUAGGCCAGAACUUUUCCAAGAUGUUCAACAUUGUGGUUGAAAACCCAGACACCGAGAAAUACGGCGAGGAUGAGAAGUUGUUUGCGUGGCAAAACUCCUGGGGUUUAUCCACCAGAGUCAUUGGGGUUAUGGUCAUGGUCCACUCCGACAACAAGGGGUUGGUCGUACCACCACGUGUCUCUAAGGACCAGGUCGUGGUCAUCCCAUGCGGUAUCACUGCCAAGACCACCAAGGAGGAGGAGGCCGCCAUCAUGGCCGGUGCCCGCGCCGUCGAAACCCGAUUGCGUGAGGCUAAUGUCCGUGCCUUCGGUGAUUACAGAGAGAUCUACUCACCAGGCUGGAAGUUCUCCGACGCUGAGUUGAAGGGUGUUCCGUUGAGAAUCGAGUUCGGUCCUAAGGACUUGGCAUCAGCGUCUGUCACCUGUGUCAGAAGAAACGAUGGCCAGAAGGAGACUGUUGCGCUUGCUGACUUGGAAACCGCUAUCCCAGCGUUGUUGGAGGACAUCCAGGCUACCAUGCUUGCCAAGGCCCGCAAGACUUUCGACGAGCACCGUGUGACCGUUGAAAACUGGGCCGACUUUGUCAAGGAGUUGAACAACAAGAACUUGGUUGUUGCGCCGUGGUGUGGUAUUAUGGAGUGUGAGGAGGAUAUCAAGGACUCUUCUGCCAGAAACGGUGAGGAGGAGGAGGAGGUUGACGAGAAGGCCCCAUCUAUGGGUGCCAAGUCCUUGUGUAUUCCGUUUGCGCAGCCAGAGAUGAAGGAGGGGACCAAGUGUGUGAAGUGUGAGGAGAAGGCCAAGCUGUACUGUAUGUUUGGAAGAUCCUACUAAGGAGCCAGAGGGGCGGACAAAGUCUGGUAAUUCUGAUGACUGGGCGCAAUUGGAGUUAGAAGUCAUUCUAACAACAGAGGUAGUCUGUACGC